AUGGCCGACGUCCCUCCAUACCCUCUGUACGGUAGGAGCUACCUGCUCUACCGCGUCUCUCCCCUGCACCACGGCGACGCGCCGCUGUUGAACGACCGCACGUUAACCACGCACGCGAAGCGUCUGAGAGAACAGUUAAAAGGCGACAAUGUGCGCGGGGUUGAGGUCGACUUCGCAGGAACAGAGGAUGCGCUGCCAAACCUGGGCCCGCUCCAAGAGUGCGAUUGGGACAUGAUUGGCGACGAAGACGCGUGGAUCGACAGGCACCGCCAGCUGGUAGACCCCGAAGCCUCACAGUUGACUACCGUCGUCUCUGCAGAACAGGCGCGGGGCAUUGAAGUUACCCUGGACUACGAGAAACAAUCGUACAAUGCACUGUUGCUGCGGGAUCCGACUCUCACCUCCUCCCCUGGUGGCUUCACUUCGCUCCCCUUGUUGCUGGUCAAGAUGCCCUUGGCGAUCCGCGACAUCUUUGUAAAUUACAUCAGAACCAGCUUUGAUGCCCAUGUUGUUCCACUCAGACUGUCUUCAGCCUUCGUUACGUCCAGCUUGGAGACCUUCUUCCGUCACCUGUCCGCCAGCACCUCUACCCAAUCCGUAGAGGAUGUUAUCAGACAGCUGCAAGUUCAGUUGUCCUUCCACAAUGCCACAACUCUACUUAGGCACCUGGACGUGACUAUAGCAGGCCGCGAUGUUCCGGGCUUUCUAGAACGUGGCAAACUUCUACGAGAUGCAAAAGGCAGGCCCUUCACAGCUGCAUUUGCCGCCUACAUGAAGAAACACCUUGCACUGGACAUCUUCCACCCAAAGGUUCAGGUCUCGCGGAUAUCGUGCGCCAGUUUCGUCCUGGCUACCGACCGCCUCAAGCUCAUGGCACCUGAUGUUGCUGAUGUAUCAAUUGCCGACAGCGAUUCGCCCGAAGGAAGCGCAGGAGAGUUGGCUGUCCAGGAGUUUUACACAUCCUUAGUCAAAGAAGCCACCGGGACUGGCAUAUUUUCAUCCGAGGAUCUCACUGUGAACAGAAGAUCGUCAACCCCAUCAUCCGAAAGCGUUAGCGCGAGCCGGCGAAAGCGUGCAGUGAGCAAUGUGGCCGCUGGAUCCCGCAAUGCGAAGCGAUCGAAAGCAAGAGAAAAGGAGAAUCGCGAUGGUGCGCUAGGUGACGAAGAGAUGGUAGACGCAUGA